GGGUGAGAGAUUAAAAAACAAUAGUUUUCAAUAAAGUUUAUUACUUCCAAUUAAAUUAGUUAGUGGUAUUGCUAAACCAGGACAAUUGGUUGCUAUAAUGGGUGCUAGUGGUGCUGGAAAAACUACAUUAUUAAAUAUUUUAACACAACGUCGACCCGGUACAUUGAAAGUAACCGGUGACGUAAGAGUUAAUGGAACAAAAAUGGAUAGAAAUAUCAAUCGAGUAUCAGGCUAUGUUCAACACCAAGAAUUAUUGAUAUCAUUAUGCGUAAACGAAGUUGAAAUGGAUUACGA